AUGAAGUUCUCUUCGUUCUUCCUCCUCACCUCGGCUCUCUCCGCCUACGCGGCCCCGACCGCCUUUUCCCCCGGCGGUUCCAAUUCUCUGGCGGCCCGCCACCCUGACUCCCCCGGCGUCAUCGCUUCUCCUUCACCCACCAUCCGCGCCGGCGUUCGGCGCUCGGUACCCGUCCGUCGCGAUCCUAGGGCCGUGGUCUUUGAUGAUGGUAGCAAUCUCGAGCCGAGUGUAAUCGGCAAGAGAAAACAUCGUGGCGGUGCCGCUGGCAGUGCCACUGCCGCUAGUACUACUGCUAGUAGUAGUGGAAGUACCGCUAGCAGUGGUGCUACAGCUGGUGGUGCUACGGCUGGUGGUGCUACUAAGGGAGGUGCUGAUAAGGGAGGUGCUUCCAAGGGCGGUGCUGCUAAGGGAGGUGCUUCCAAGGGUGGUGCUUCUAAGGGUGGUGCCGCUGCGGGUGGUGGUGCUACUGCUGCUGGCGGUGGAGGUGCUGCUGCUGGUGGAGGUGCUUCUUCUGGUGGAGGUGCCGCUGCGGGUGGUGGUGCUACUGCUGGCGGUGCUACUGCAGGUGGAGGUGCUGCUACUAAGGGUGGUGCUUCGAAGGGUGGUGCCGCUGCUGGUGGAGGUGGUGCUUCCAAGGGUGGUGCUACUGCUGGUGGAGGUGGUGCCGCAGCUGGUGGUGUCGCUGCUGGUGGAGGUGGUGCCGCAGCUGGUGGUGCUACUGCUGGUGGAGGUGCUGCUAAGGGUGGUGCUUCCAAGGGUGGUGCCGCUGCUGGUGGAGGUGCUGCUAAGGGUGGUGCUUCGAAGGGAGGUGAUUCCAAAGGCGGUGCUUCUAAGGGUAAUGCCGCUGCUAGUGGAGGUGGUGCCGCAGCUGGUGGUGCUACUGCUGGUGGAGGUGCUGCUACUAAGGGUGGUGCUUCCAAGGGUGGUGCCGCUGCUGGUGGAGGUGCUGCAGCUGGUGGUGCUACUGCUGGUGGAGGUGCUGCUAAAGGUGGUGCCUCGAAGGGAGGUGAUUCCAAAGGCGGUGCUUCUAAGGGUGGUGCCGCAGCUGGUGGUGCUACUGCUAGUGGAGGUGCUGCCGCUGCUGGUGGAGGUGUUGCUAAGGGAGGUGCUUCGAAGGGAGGUGCCUCUGGUGGUGCCGCUGCUGGUGGAGGUGGUGAUGAUAGUUCUGCUAAGGGUGGUGCUUCGAAGGGAGGUGCCGCAUCCGGUGGUGGUGCCGCUGGUGGUUCUGCUAAGGGUGGUGCUUCAAAGGGAGGUGCGGCUGCUGGCGGUGGUGCCUCUGGUUCCGCUGGUGCUCCCUAAAGCAGCGCCACGCAAGCUAAUACGCCUCCUCCAUGCGGCGGUUUUCCUUGCGAUGUCGGAGUUGAGUUUGAGGCCGAAGCCAAUGGCAGUCUCGUAGAUGAGGAAGAUUGUGCUUCACAUGGGACCGAAUUGAACAGGAUCGGUUAUUUGCUGGUAAGGUAGAUGAAUGGACCACAGAAAUCGGCAACGGAUACUAGGAUGGAUGACAAGUUAGCUUUGUUCGGCUUUGGCUUUUCUUGCAUAGCCUUGUUAUCAUAAUUAGGCAUAGGGAGUUGGGGGCUUGUUGGAUGUAUUUUGGAAUUUGAAGCGAUACCCACGGUCGUUAUUGCUUAGGGUAGUGAUUUCGAGAACGGAAGUGUCCGAGACAUUCGCUACUUGUAGCUGCUGUAGAUAGA